GUCCAUUCGCAUUGCUCGAGGAUUAUACAGCAAAAUAAUUGAAAAUGUCUGCGACCGUAGAUUCUGUGAGAGAAAAAGCCCUUCAAGAUUAUAGAGAAAAACUUCUAGAGCACAAAGAGGUGGAGUCUCGACUUAAAGAGAUGCGAGAUCACCUAAAAGACUUAACAAAGCAGUAUGACAAGUCAGAAAAUGAUUUGAAGGCUCUACAAAGCGUUGGCCAGAUUGUUGGAGAAGUUCUAAAACAACUCACUGAAGAGAAAUUUAUUGUGAAAGCAACAAAUGGACCUCGCUAUGUUGUUGGCUGUAGGCGUCAAUUGGAUAAAAAUAAAUUGAAAUCUGGAACAAGAGUGGCUCUUGACAUGACUACUCUUACAAUUAUGCGAUAUCUUCCUCGUGAGGUGGAUCCUCUGGUUUAUAAUAUGUCUCGUGAAGAUCCCGGUGAUGUCACAUAUUCAGAGAUUGGUGGUUUAAGUGAACAAAUUCGUGAACUGAGGGAAGUCAUUGAACUUCCUUUGUUAAACCCUGAACUUUUCCAAAGAGUUGGAAUUACUCCACCAAAAGGUUGUCUGUUGUAUGGUCCACCAGGAACUGGAAAAACAUUGCUUGCAAGGGCUGUAGCCAGUCAGCUAGAUGCAAAUUUCUUAAAAGUAGUCUCUAGUGCAAUUGUUGACAAAUAUAUUGGAGAAUCUGCAAGAUUAAUUAGAGAAAUGUUCAAUUAUGCCCGAGAUCAUCAGCCUUGUAUAAUAUUUAUGGAUGAGAUCGAUGCAAUCGGUGGUCGACGUUUUUCGGAGGGCACCAGUGCAGAUCGUGAAAUUCAAAGAACAUUGAUGGAAUUACUCAAUCAAAUGGAUGGCUUCGAUUCAUUAGGACAAGUAAAAAUGAUUAUGGCUACUAACAGACCAGAUACUUUAGAUCCUGCUCUGUUGCGACCUGGUAGAUUAGAUAGAAAAAUUGAAAUCCCUUUACCUAAUGAACAAGCAAGACUGGAAAUUUUGAAAAUUCAUGCUAAUCCUAUUGCAAAGCAUGGAGAAAUAGAUUAUGAAGCUGUUGUGAAGCUCUCUGAUGGAUUUAAUGGUGCUGAUUUGAGGAACGUGUGUACAGAAGCAGGUCUAUUUGCUAUACGACUGGAAAGAGAAUAUGUGAUUCAGGAAGAUUUCAUGAAAGCUGUUAGGAAAGUAUCAGAUAAUAAAAAAUUGGAAUCAAAACUUGAUUAUAAGCCAGUAUAAACUUGGUUCUACAGUUUUAUUGUUUUUUAUAAUUGAAUCCCAUGCAAGUAACAUACAAUUUAUAAAUAAAUAUUUAUAUUAAGUAAUAAAAUUUAUAAUGUAUU